AUGGUAGGCGGGCAGAGCGACUACGGGGUACCCGCGCGUUCCGCAACGGGUGUCUCAAAGGGGGGCUCUGACGGCCGACUUGCGGGACUUCACCCUGAAGACGGACGAGGACCAGAACCUCGAUAUGGGGCCGCAGUGGCCCGUUCAUAUGAUCCCCCGGAUCACUUUAUCCCCUUGCAGUCAAUCUUCCCGCGAGACCUCCUCGACUUGCUCGCGUUGCUGCCCAGCACGCUCCGUUCCGUCGAGCUGAGUUUCCUUUGGUUCAUGAAGAAUAGCGGGCACUAUAGGGACCUGCUCGUGGACAUGCGGAAUACACUGGGCUGGCGCGAGCGGGAGGUUAACUUAAGGCCGCGGGUCAUGAUCCGCGACGAUUCAGGAGCAAGAAUGGCCGGGCGUGGCGUCUGUAUAGACAACGAAGUCUGUGAGCUUUUGUACGGCAACGGCGAGAACCCUUACCCAAUUGACCCCAACCCGGAGGUCUACUUCAGGUCGGUCGGUUACGGAUUUGGAACGGAGGAGGAUGCGUUCGAGCCCAGAUUCAAGCGGCCGUAUGUGAUAUCGACCGAGCUCAAUGCGGCUAGGGAUCCGCAAGGGGUAUGGGGAUGA